GGCAGCGCUUCCGGCGCCAUGGGCGUCCAGGGGCUCACGAGCUUCGUGGAGGAGCGCGGGGUGUUCUUCACCGAGCUGCGGGUGCGCGACACCAAGCUGGUCAUCGACGGCAGCAGCCUCUACCACCACCUCUGCUUCGCCCCCGACGCCGACUUCCGACGCGGCGGCGACUACGGCGCCUUCGCCGCGGCCGUGAGCGACUUCUUCGGCGCCCUGCGGGCCUGCGGCGUCGCGCCCUUCGUGGUGCUGGACGGCGGGCGCGGCGCCGAGGACAGGAAGCUGCCCACGCUGCGGCGCCGCGCCGCCGACCAGCUGCGGGCGGCCCACGGGCUGUCCGGCGCCGGCGGCUGCCUGGCGCCGCUGCUGACCCGCGAGGCCUUCGUGCAGGCGCUGCGCCGGCUCGGCGUGCCCUUCGUGCAGUGCUUCGCCGAGGCCGACCGGGAGAUCGCCGGGCUGGCCAACCGCUGGGGCUGCCCCGUGCUCUCCCUCGACAGCGACUUCUUCGUGUUCGACCUGGCGGGCGGCUACUGCCCGCUGACCCACUUCCAGUGGCAGAGCGUGCGCGGCAGCGCCGCCGCCCCGCAGGGGUGCUACGUGCUCGCCCGCUGCUUCUCCGCAGAGAGGUUCUGCGGGCACUUCGGGCGCCUGAACAAGGCGCUGCUCCCGCUCUUCGCCGUCAUGCACGGGAACGACUUUGUGGGCUUGGAAGCGCUGGAGGCGUUCUUCUGCCAGGUGCGCCUGCCGAGGGGCUGCGCGGCGGGGCGGGGCGGCAAGCACCUCCGCCUCCAGGGGCUGCUGAACUGGCUGGCGCAGUUUGCCGGGCCCGCCGAGGCCCUCGACGACGUGCUGAAAUACUUAAGGAAGCACCAGAGGGAAGAAAUACGGGAGCUUCUGUGCGCUUCAAUGGAGGACUAUGCUCCGCCUGACGUGAAUCUUGAGAACUUCUUUCAGAACGGGAGCUAUGAGUGCGAGGCUGCCAGGAAAGCAGACGUACCACAGUGGGUACUUGAUGCUUUGGCGAAAGGUAAGCUGGCCCCAUUCGUCCUCAAUGCCCUGAUACUUAGAAGUACCUUCCUCCGCGUUCAGGUGGAGAACAUGCAGAGACCCAGUGCUCAUAGCACAGCUCUUCCCAUCCGACAAGUUAUCUAUGGACUGCUUCUGAGAGUAUCUCACAGUACUGAAGAUGCUUCUCCAAGUAAGCAGACCAACGAGCUGCCCAUUGUAUGUGAAUUUGACAGAUGCCAAAAGACACUUAAAAAAACAUUUGUUCAAGCAGCAAGCCUACCCCCAGAUUUUUGUGAUGAUCGUUUUCCUUUGGACAAGUUAAUUGAGGUGCCUGUUUCAUGCCGUCAGAUGCUUUUGCUGGAGACUCUGGGAGUGAAAAUGAGUUUCCUAGAACCUAUUCCAAGUCAUUUACAGCUCCCUGUUGCUGUAACAUGUUACUGGAUAUGUUGUUCAGAACCCAAAGUUAAGCUGAACCAAUUAAAGGCUCUGCUUCUAAUGAUAGUUUCUGGAGAACUGCAGAGGAUAACUGAUGACCCAGUUCUACCUGCUGAAGAUGACAGCGUUGCAUAUAACGAAUUUCUAAAAUGGAAGGAAAAGAAAUUGCAGAAUAACGACUUUGAUUUAGAUGCUGCACACAGUUUUUGCCAGUGGCAGUGCUGUCUUCAGAUGGGAUUGUAUCUCAACCAGCUACUUGGUACUCCUCUCUCUGAGCCAGACCUAAGUAGGCUUUACACUGGGACCCUUGUGCACAGACUGUAUCAAGAGCUUAAAUCAGCACCUUCAGUGGAAAAUCUGUUUCUCUUAUCUCCAAAAAUGGAUCAGCUUUAUCUGGUUUUGUUAAAUACAGUGGAGUCAGUGGUCUCUCCAGACUUCUUUCAGAAGAUGACCAAGACCAGAUCCGAGUCCUACGAAAAGAGGAAAGCAUCUAGUAAGAAAAAAACAGCCACCCGAUGUGCUGUGCCAGAAACUCAACAUUUAUGCAAUGUUAAUAGGUUUGCAGCACUGAAAGUGGAUGACUGAAAGCACUGUUCUUGGAAUAACUUCUAAUGCCAUGCUGAUGAAAGAAGUAACAUUAAAAUAUGUGACUGUAUUGGAAUUUGCUCAACUGUUUUCAUACAAGUUCCUGAUUCAAUCUUUACCAAAAACCUUGCUUCAGGGUAUUUUUAUUUACCUUUUUGUAACUUACAUUUUGUAACUUUACAUUUUGUAACUUACAUUUGUAUAAAAGAAAU